CGGCGGUAGAAGUAAAGCAUACCGAUGACCUUGAUCGGCCAAAAAGCUAGAGUAUGAAAAGUGACACAAAAAAUUUAAUUGCUGGAAGCUUGUCCGGUUUUACUGUCCGUUUUCUAACUCAACCACUAGAUGUUAUAAAAAUUCGUUUUCAAUUACAAGUUGAAGAUAUUAAGCCCUCAGGAAAAUCAUAUUACACUGGCCUAUUACAGGCAUUCAUUCGUAUUUACAAAGAAGAAGGUUUAUAUGGUCUAUGGAAGGGUCAUGUACCAGCACAAUUUCUUUCUAUUACAUUUUGUGGAGCACAAUUUGGGAGUUUUUAUGCCAUUGAAAAUUUACUAACCAGCCAAAUAAAUCUUAGCUCAUCAUCUGGAUGGGUGCAUGAUAUGAUAGCCGGUAGUGUAACUGGUCUGAUUGCGUCUACAUUAAGUGAACCAUUAGAUGUCAUGAGGACACGACUUAUAGCUCAAGGUAAAAAUCAGGUUUAUUCAGGCUUCCUAUGUGGUAUGCGUCAUCUUAUUCAUGAAGAAGGAUUAUUUGGCUUAUGGCGAGGACUUGGACCAUGUCUUAUAUCAGUAGUACCACAAACAACUGUUUAUUUUACAGUUUAUGAACAAUUGAAGCGUUCUCAUGUUUUAUUGAAAUCAAAAGAGAAUAUCCCUAUGAAGCAUAAAUCCGAUUCUUUAAAUAACGAUGUUGCUCAUGAAUCAUCAUUGGAGACUGAUCACCAUCUUCAUCAACAGUUAAAUUGGCAUUUUCCACUUUGGGCUGGUGGAUUCUCUGGUCUCUUAGCUAAGACAAUUGUAUAUCCUCUUGAUUUAGCUAAAAAACGUUUAGAAAUACGUGGAUUUGAAAAAGCUCGUUUAACAUUCGGUCAAUUGCCUAAAGGUUAUACAUUAUCCACAUAUAAAAAUAUUAAUUUAACACAAUUAAAUUAUAAUCAAUUUUUCGCUUCAUUCUAUUGUUUAAUAGAUAUUUUUAAAGAACAUGGUAUUUAUGGUUUGUAUAAAGGUUGGAUACCAUCAGCUUUAAAGGCUACAUUAACGACAGGUUUAAUGUUUUGGUUUUUUGAACAAUAUAGUUUUUUAUUAUCUUAUUAUUAAUACUACUAUUAACUAUUACUACUACUACUACUAAUAAUAAUAAUAACAGUAGUGCUAGUUUCUUUUCUUUGACAGUUUAUGAUUUAAUGCUUUAUGCAAUUCCUAUUGGGACUCAUUUUAUUUUAUUUUGGAUUAUUUUUGUAUGUUUUAGAGAGAAAUAUAUUGAUAGUUCAUAGUACUACUGCUACUUCUACUACUACUUUAGUGAACAAAACACCAGUGGGGACAAUCGAAUGUAUUUGACACGAAAUGACAGAGUAUCUCAAUAAAAUCUGAGAACCAUAUAGUAAAUCGUUAAUUUGCAAAAUAUCAAUUCAUUAUCUCAAACUUGACUGUUCAUGUUGCAAACAUCAAUUCGUUGUCUCACAUUUUAUUGUUCAUGCGUUUUCAUACCAAUUUGCGUUCUCUUCCCGUUCUUUCUUCAUCGACUUUCUACUGAAAUACAUUCUAUAACUGACCACCGUUAUAUACUACUUGUAUGGAUAUAAGUAACACACACCACACUACUACUGUCUUUCAUAAUAUUAUUGUUAAACCAUUUACUAGGUGUGUAUUGAUACAAUUCUCAAAGAUUUAGGCCUAAUACUCGUAAUUUAUUGAAGAAUGAAUGACCUACAAGUUAAUUUCCUUCAAUUACAUAUAACAUUUUACCAUGUUUAUUUUCUGGUCAUAUUUUGUAUCUAAGGAUGUUAUUUUAUUCCAUCUAAAAAGCCUAUUCAUUUGA